AUGGACAUCAUGGUGGAUUACUACAAAAUUCUGGAUGUUCCCCAAAGUGCCUCUAUGAAUGAUAUUAAAAGAGCGUACAGAAGUAAAGUGCUCAGAUGGCACCCAGAUAAAAAUCCAGAUAACAGGAAAGAGGCUGAACAGAAGUUCAAGGAGAUUGUGGAAGCCUACAAAGUCCUUUCAGACAGAACCACACGUGACCACUAUGAUGGAAGCAGCACGGACACUUUCAAAGAGACAAAGAAAACUGAGGCUGAGAAACAUCUGUCUGUGUUUGAUCAGGAUGGCAUAAAAAUAUUCUUCACAGGACAACGUUCCUCUUCAGAUUUUUCUGUAUCCUUCUUCAGCGCUCCUAAAAGGUUCCAUCACUUUUCCAUCAUGACUGCCUUCAUCAAUGGCAAAAAAAUUACAACGAAAAGACAUCUUGAGAAUGAAAGCAAGUAUUUGGAAGUUGAAGAGGACGGGAAGACGGUAUCUAUCCAUGUUAAUGGCAUACCUGUUUUUGAUAGAGAAAUUAAUGGACCAUCAGGAAAUGACUGGGAUUACAGGCUGGACAGGGGCUACUACUGUCCAGAAAAGUAUCGUUUUUGGACGUGUGAAAGGCGUCGGUGGGCAGAUGAUUGGCGGCGCUGGGCAAGCAAAUGGCGAGACUGGGCAGAAGAAUGCCGUGACUGGGCUGAAGGAAAGCCACAUCAGAAAGACAAGAGCUCUUCUGGAGCUUAUGCUGGGCAUCGCCGGGCAAAUGCAGCACAGGGUCCAAAGGCUAGUGAGGAACAUCUCAGGUCAGACAAGGGUUGUCCCAGUCCUGAAGGGAAGUUUUCCAUGCCAGGGGAAGGGAAAUGUGAUCUGAAAGAGGGGCAUUAUAAGACAAACAAGGGACAAACUCAACCAGAAGAGGAACACUCUAAGCCAGAUAAAGGGUAUUUUGUGUUUCCCAAGCCAGGUGAGAAGAAUUCUGGGCCAGAUGAAGGGCAUCCCAAGGCCAACAAGAAGCAACAGAGACCAGAGGAGGGGCAUGCUUUGUCAGAUAAGUACAGCCCUGGAUUUGCUAGGCUGGGGGAGGGACAUACUGAUCAGGAUGAGGGGCAUGUCAGAAGGAAAAAAGAGCAACCUAGGCCAGAGGAGGGGCAGUCCAGGCUAGACAAAGGGUCUCCUGGUCACAAAAAAACAGACCCUGCGUGUAAUGAAUUUCCUAUGAAACACAAGGCAGCUUCUGAACACAACUCUCAGGCUGCUGGGAAUAGGGGCCCCCACAAGAAGCAGAAGCAAGAGGCAGAAGGAAGUAAACCACGUGUUGUGAAAAGCAAAAAGCCACUAGGAAAGAAUGAGUGGAAGGAUGAAAAACUCGACCCCAAAGGUGAGAAUGGGGGGUCUACUUCAGAGUCUGAAGUAGGGGAGGGAACAAAAUUUGGUGGUAUGCAGAAGAAGUCUUGCCCUGAUGCUAAGUUGACUCCCAAACCACGGCUGAGUUGCUGUGGUGCCAAAGGGAUGCCACUGAAAAGGAGAGAGCCCCAGAUUCGGAUAAGAAAGCCGUAUGGCAAGAGGAGCAAGUCUCAGGCUGGAAGAAGCAUGUCAUCAUAUGGUAGUAGGAGCAAGUUCCAGGCAGGAAAUAAUAGAAUGCCUGAUGGACAAAGUAAAUGUGAGCUUGACGGGAAUGACUUAGCUAAUGGAGGCAGGGAGGUGGCUCCAAAAGGGAAGCAGACACCUCUAGAUUGUAAGGGUGCUCCACCAAGUAGGAAAAAGGGUUCUUUUCCAGCCCUCCAAGAGGGUGACAUUUCUUUCUUGCCCAAAAAGAGACUGCUCAGAAGAAGGGCACACCGCCUCCCACCUGAAACUCGGGGUGAAAAGCAUCAGUACAUCUCUGAAACUAGUCAACUCCUUGACAUAAAUGGCCAACGGAGAGGGAGGCUGAUGAAACCGUCCCUGCUCAAUGCACAUCUACCAAGUAUUCAAGGCCAGAAACUUGGAGUGAAUCAGCUCCCAAAUGUGACUCGUUGA